AUGGAACUUGACAACGUUAGUUCUGGUGAAUAUUCUGUCCAUGUUGGCAUGAGUAGUCUAGCUUCUAACCAUGAAGCAAACAUAGAGAAAAAGGAGAGUAUCAUUCAAGAAGAUUUCUGGGCAGUGGAGACAUCCUCUUGUGACUCGACUGCAGAUGAACCUGCUGAAAUUUCUUGCUCUUCUUCCACCCAAACACAGAGGAAGGUUUCAAACAAUGCAGUAUCCCAUGUUGAGGGUCGGAAGGAAUUUGCCACUAUGAAAUCAGAGAACCAGAAAAAUGCUCAAAAUACUUGUUCCAAAGGGAUCCUCAAAAUCAGAAGCCAGCAAUCAAGUACAGGUAAUGUGUUGGAAGGGCCGAGGAGGAGUGCCAUGAUUCCUUUUCAUACAGUUCAGUUACAUGGCAAGGUUAUUAUAAGAUCUGUAAGGUGUUUCCGUCCUUCAGAAGACGAACUUGUCGACUACUACCUCAAACACAAGUUGCUCGGUGAUGAUUCCCGUGUCCACCUCAUCCCUGUUAUUGAUCUCUGCGAUGUGGAACCUUCGGAUGUACCAGUGAUGCUUGCAAGAUCACAUAUACGAUUUGGUGACCCAGACUGGUUUUUCUUCAGUCCUGUUGAUUUCAAGUAUUCAAACAGUAAAAGGGUUAACAGGAAAACCAAGUGUGGCUUCUGGAAAGCCACUGGAAAAGACCGUGACAUUAGGAGCUGGGACACCAACACUCGCAUUGCCACAAAGAAGACUCUUGUUUACUAUAAAGGCAGUGUUUCCUCUGGUGUCAAGUCCUACUGGGUUAUUCACGAAUAUCAUGCUGUUACCUUUCAUGAAAGCAAGAGGACUUUUGUUUUAUGCCGUUUGAUGAAGAAACCUAGGAAAAUAAUUGAAGGGGGAACUAAUGCACUAAUCUGUGAUGAAGGAGAACCCAGUAAACUCAAGGUUCCUGACUACGAAAAUAAGGCAACAACAGAAGGAAUUUCAUCUGGAGGUACUUUUACCGGGGUGGAAACAAUCUCUCAGGCUACGCAGCAGGCAGAGACAUUCAUCUCCUCAAUACAACAGUCUCCAGCUGGUAUUGAGCAGGAAGAAGCAUCUUUUGCAAACUAUCCAAUUGACGAUGCCUAUUUUAAAAAUGAAGAUAACUUCAUUCAAAUUCCAUCAGAAAUUACGGCUGAAGAUGAAUUCUUAAAUUCACUUUUAGCCGAUGAAAAUAAUAUAUUUACUUCUAUUUAUAACACCACUCAACCAAAAUUAUUUAAAAGAAUAUUUUAUGAAGAUAGUGAUCCAGAUGUCACCAAAGACAUGUCCACACAGGAUGAUAAUACUGGGGAUAUUUUAGGAUGGAGUAAUAAAUAUUCUAUUUCACACGGAUACCAUUCAUCAAAAAGGUUGAAAUCUUCACAAGAUGUAGUUGAUGACAUAUGUUUUUCAUCGUCUGAUUGGGAGACAAACCAAGAAAUAAAAGAGAGUAUGUUAGGAGACGAAUUCUCGGGAAUGGAGUCAUCCUAUUGUGACUCAACUGCAGAUUAG